AGUGUCCCUGCAGGCACAGAGCGUUAAGCAGUUUCCAUUUUCUCAGCAACCGUAAGGAGUCAGUGACCUGUAAGUGCUCAUUAUGAAGAGAGAUCUGGUUUUCUUGCUGACUCUAAUUAGCCUUGCCUUCCUGUCACUGCUAAGGUCUGGAUAUCCUCAACAUAUUGCGGAGGAGUCCUGCUCUGUUCAAAUUCUUGUUCCAGGCCUCAAAGGGGAGGCUGGAGAAAAGGGCGAGAAAGGUGCUCCAGGUCGUCCAGGCAGAGUUGGGCCUCCAGGAGAAAAAGGAGAAAUGGGGGACAAAGGACAGAAAGGCAGCAUGGGACGACAUGGAAAAAUUGGUCCUAUUGGUUCAAAAGGUGAAAAAGGAGAUAAUGGUGACAUAGGACCACCCGGUCCUAAUGGUGACCCAGGCAUCCCCUGUGAGUGCAGCCAGCUAAGGAAGGCUAUUGGUGAAAUGGAUAUCCAAGUGGCCCAGCUGACAACGGAACUAAAAUUCAUAAAAAAUGCUGUUGCUGGUGUGCGUGAGACAGAUAAUAAGAUAUAUCUGCUGGUGAAGGAAGAGAAAAGAUACAAGGAAGCCCAGCUCUACUGCCACGGAAGAGGAGGGACGCUGAGCAUGCCGAAGGAUGAGUCUGCCAACAAUCUGAUCGCCUCGUACAUCAACCAGGCCGGGCUCACCAGAGUUUUCAUUGGGAUUAACGACCUAGAGAAAGAGGGAAAUUUUGUCUAUUCUGACCGAUCGCCCAUGCAGACCUUCAACAAAUGGCGCAGUGGGGAGCCCAACAAUGCUUAUGAUGAGGAGGACUGUGUGGAGAUGGUGGCAUCUGGAGGGUGGAAUGAUGUUGCGUGUCAUAUUACCAUGUAUUUUGUGUGUGAAUUUGACAAAGAAAAUGUCUAAGCUUGUCUGCUCUUUCUUUAUUUUAAGAAAAGUUUUUAAGCCGAUUGUAAAAGUUACCCCAUGUUUAUAGAGUACAAGUGAUAUUUUGCAAG